UCUCCCGAAAACGCGGAUGCACACAGCGCAAGACUCAGCAAGCGGUGCUUUGGUUCCACAACAAGACAAAUGGAUUCGGUUGUAACGUGCGCUCUGAUUGGUUGAAGUCUCCAGAUCAGUUCCUGUAUACGUUUACGCAUAGUUUGAUCGUUCGCGAAAGACAGAGCCACAAAUCAUUAUUACUUGCUAGUUAUUGCAACAGAUCUGAACGUGAUGGUUCCAAACACAACACGAUGAGUUACUUUGCAAGUCACUUUUUGCCUCCCUCGACGGAUAACCAAAAUUUUCAAAACAACUUUCUUACACAUCCCCAUCUUGAUGGCGUCGGUGUUAGCCAACCCGUAAAUCACGAGGGUGGCUCUGUUGGACAUUUUGCCACAAGUGUUUCCCCGACCUGUGGGGGUCAAAAUGAACCCUGCAUCACAAGAUACGCGGACUUGGGGACAACAGAUGCGCAAAGAUACCCCCAGACCAAACUGGAGGUUGGCUGGAAUGGCUACACCAAUGGAACUAUGACCGACGCUGUGAAUACUCAUGGAGGGUUUCAAGCAAUUCCGACGUGUGGCCCUCCUGGCUACAACACUGUUGGAUCAACGGCACAGACUACCGCAAGAUGCAAUACUUCCCAGUCAUCGACCUUCUAUCCUUGGAUGGGUAUAGUAGGUCCAAACUCAGCACAACGACGGCGAGGCCGACAGACGUACAGUCGAUAUCAGACAUUAGAACUUGAAAAAGAAUUCCAAUUUAAUCAUUACCUCACGCGGCGGCGACGGAUAGAGAUAGCUCACUCCCUGUGUUUGACUGAGAGACAGAUAAAAAUAUGGUUCCAAAAUCGGAGGAUGAAACUCAAGAAGGAGAGGCAGCAGAUUAAGGAACUGAAUGAUUCCGGGAAGGAAAUGUCACCGCUAGGUUCCGAAGAGGGGGACACGAGUAGUGUACAGUCUUGAAAGGGAUCGAGAAAGGGGAAGGGGAAGCUAAGAAGGGGAAGCAAAAAUGCGUGUCCAAUCACGGAACCAUGGUGACAUCUCUCCUCGUUUGAAAGGGAAUUUGUAUUCACCUUACCAUUGGGACACUUUUGCCCAACCGUUUAGGAAUUGGUGUAGUUUCUAUCUACGAGGGGAUUGGAAUUGUCUUGGUCAUACCAGUGUGAUUUUGAUGUCUGGCCGUAGUCCUGUUUGGAAGACACGGAGGCUAAUCAUCCCAGUCGCGAUAGGAAAGCAGUGUCCUAUCGGAUGGAAGCAUUUUCUGUCUUGAUCGAUCAAGAGGUGGAAUUCAACUCAAUUUGAACUACGAGAUAUUUAUUGCUUCAUAUUUUAUAAAUGUACGAAAGGUUGUCUCUGUUGUAUUUUACGUUGUCAAAUUGAAUAUGAUCUGAUGAAGCAUACUUUCACUAGAAGACUCUCAAUGUUACCUCCAGUUAUGGGUAAAAGUGGAACUCUCAGGUAGAGACAACUACAGAACGGCUUGGCUCAUGAAGCACUUGCUUCAGAAGGUUGCGGUGUUGUUGUAAUAAAUGUGGUUAUCGUGUCCGUUCGUCGUCCAGUUAGAUGUAAGGAUAAGCAUUUCAGCUCAAGCAGAGGGAUAGAGGUUGGCUCUGGCCUGCAUGAGUUGGAACAGAAAGUGAACCUUGUUUGAAAGUGAACCUGAUCUUUUCAGAGAAAAAUGCUUUAACCAUUACAUCUUUCGUGUUAACAUUUGUAACCCAUCAGUCUUACCGUUUAGUACUAUCAUAUCCUGAGUUAAAAGGAUAUUUUGCGGAUACCUGCCUAUACGUGAAUGCAUCGGUUUUCAAAACACAAAGAUGCCAAGUUUGAAAUGUGUCAAUGAAUAUAUGAUUAAUGCUGAUGUAGCAUUUUACAAACUAACUGAUGUAACAAUAUUUGUUGGAACUGGGCCCAAACUAAUGAUAGUCCUAUGAUGGACUGAUGAAAUGAUGAAUUUAAUUUUGACAAAUCAAAUUCGAAAAGGUACGGAUUACUUCGACUACAGAUUGUAUCAGGGGGGGGGGGGGGGCAUUCGAAAAAUAGGCCAGGACCAAUUAAAAGUUACAAGAUAUUACAAAAAGUUAUAACUGUUAUAAUUGAAAUGAGCGAUGAUUAAAAACCACUUACUUCAUGGUCAACACAAAUUUUGAUAAGACUCGUUAAAAAAUAAAGCCUUGAGCUUGAAUGAGAAAGUACAAGUACCAAACGUAUGAACAAUGGUAUUCGCCUCUAAUGAGCAAAUGUUUUUUUAAGUUACAGCUCUGCCUGCACUUCGUACCAACAGGGGCCACCCCAUUAAUCAAAGAUUAAAAUUAUUACAUUGGCAUUAGAUCAAUGAAUAGAUUUUGAGGCUGCUUUAAAAUGAAAUAGCCUUUUUUCAAAUAUAAUCAUGCUUAUAUUCGUUUAUAAAAAAAAUCAAGACACACAUUCAUUUGUAAGUGAGAAAGUUAUUGUGAGACACAUUUGAGAAAGUGAGGAAAUUAUGAUGAGAGAAGAAGAGAAUACAUGUAAAUGUAGUAUCCUUUUGGUGUAAUUGAGUUAAACUUAACGUUAACUUUAAAAUGUAACUGAAGGAGAGAACGCCAAGUGAGGUUCACGCCAACUAUACACACUGUUGAAGUUGGACGACCCAAGGACAUCGAUGUAGGCAAAUCUUGGCUAUAUAAUUCACUGAACUUUUUAACUUUACUUCCUCUCUCAUGAGAGUUGGGAAGUUAUAUCAAGUCCAUCCUUUUUUGUAACAAGUUGUAAGUUACGGUGGUAUAGCUAUAGCCCCGGUUCAAUAUAUAGCUUCUGAGUGGAUUAUUGUGAACUGCUGGCUGCUUUCUACACAGUUCAGGCUAUAAUUGUCCAGGGUCUAUAGAAUUGUAUCACGUCCUUUUAUUUGACGUUAGCUGGACUUGGUCAAGAUCAGUACAGAUUCAUAGGAAAGAACUAUUAUACCAACUCUACCUCCAAAAGUAAAACAUUAGAUAUCUGUUUAAUCGUACCCAGACGAGUGAAUUAUUAUAUUUAUAAAUUAAAAAUCUAUUUUUGCUUGUCCGAUGAUUGUGUAAAAAUGAAACCCAAAUCUGCAAGAACAGAAAACGGCUCUGUUGUCAAAGAAAUAAGUUGACAAUUCCUACACACUGACCAGCUUAGUGCAAGAGAUACAGUGGCACAUCAUAGUGCAUUGCACUAAUUUUGGAAUGCACUUCGUCUUUGAGUAGCAUAUACAGGCAUGCGAGAAGAAGCAAGCAGUCCAGGAAGCUUGCUCAGCAAAUUCGGGUUGAAGCUUGGACGUGAAUUCCACUAGACAUUCUUUUCCCAAGAUGGUUUGUCGUUUGCUUAGCUUUUUUCUAGUAAAAGUGCAAGAGUAAAAAGUAAAUGCCUGUCGUAUGUGUGGCCCCAUGCAUAAUUAUGUUCAUGGGUCUAACGCCAAAUUGAGAGGGGAUGACAAAAAUUUGCUUGCGGCGCUGCGUGAUUAUUAUGAUGUUGCUUUAACGGAUCAAAAACCUAUUAUUUCGGGGCAUUAAAAGAAAGACUCACAAUCAGGAAAAUACAACUAAACCUUAAAAAAAACAACGAUGUUUUUGAAACGAAAGAAACUGAAAAGGUAGUCUACAGCCAACAUCAAGGUGCAGUAUUUGCACCAUGUACACCUUACGAGAGAAAUACAACACUGUUCCAAGUAAGAACAGGAAAACGGUGGUUGAUAAAAGAAGAACGCUUUUUUCAGUUGUUGAUUUUUGUGUACAAAUUUUUGACCAUGUUUUGCAUUGUGCAGUCUUGUUACAGAGUCUAAAUGUGACGGUUAUGAAGUAACUCUGUCAAAGUGAUGAUCUCACAAUUUUGUCUUAUGUUAGUAGAUGCCUUGUAAAUGGCAGGUGUACGGCGUGUUCCAGAAAUAAUGCAAUCAUCUUUCGAAUCUCGUUGGUCAUGACCGCCGAGACAAUGCUAACCAAAAAGGUACAGGGCGGCAAUAGGUCGAUGGCCAACACAAUACCGAUACAUUUUGGGUAUGACAUUGACAGGGACUCUACAUGUAGGCAUGUAUUUCACAUAACAUAGGGCUGACAAUACUUUGUCAAUAGGUGAAAUAGGUACCGUACCUUGCGUCGUUUCUGGGACAUCCCGUAGCGAUAGAAAAUAAUCAAAAUGACCAGAGUCCAUAGAAGAUUAUCAGAAGGAAUCAUUUGAAGGCUGGUUAGUGUAAUCGUUCAAGAGAUUCACCAAAAGCUGUGGCCAUUCUGCGUACAGCGUUUUAAAGGUUGUAUGAGAAGGAAAAUUUCAGUCCAGGAUUGAUUUAAGAUAUCAGCAGUAUACUAUAGGUGUUUAAUAGAAUACGUGCCUUUGUGUAUCAAGUCAAAAUGCUCAAGACAUCUUAUAAAUACUAUUGACUUUAGAUAUUGUUUUAGUAUAGAAGACGCGUCAGAUUUGUUGUAAAAGUCAAAUUUGUGUCCGGUUCGUCCGUCUUUCCUGUCAAUGAGAAUGCGAAUCCUGAUGUGUUGAUUAUUUAACACAUUUGAGUGAAGGAACGAUGUUGUCUGGUCCAGUGUACACUUGCACAGUAUGGAAGGCUAUCAUCUAAACGUAGGGUCUUUAACAUGUUUAAAGAGCUGUUCGCGCUCUGUUGGCCGACCCAACCCGAGCAAAACCUAUAGUGCAUUUCAUAUGCAUAACUGACCUGUUGACCCAUAUAAAUGUACACCCGAAACGUGGACAUGGCAUUCGAACUUUGUUGUUGUCAAACGUGAUGAAGAAUAGCCAAAGUGUCUUCUAAGGGUAGUACAGGAAUUGACGUGAAUUCAGCAAGUAGUAUGAUAAUAUGGACCAAAGACAUUCUAUAGACUCCAUCAUCAGCCAUUCAAUGCAGAGUCUUAGAAGAAUUGACGCUAUUUUCUUCAAUCUGAUCUCGGGUAGUAGUACUACUUAAGAGCCUCUAACAAAAAAUCAAAAUGGUAUCCACAAGCUUGUAGUAAUAUGUAGACCCUAUUGUGCUAAUCACGCUAAUUGUAAAGGAUGUUGUAAUACAUUCAGCUUUAUAUAUUUUGUAUCAGAAUAUCAACAAGUGGAUCAUUUGCCAACAUGAAGAUCACUCGACUCUUUUACGACGAGUAUCACAUAAUUUGAAAAGAAGAAUGGCGUAGGUUGAAAAAAUGUCAUCGAAAUAAUGUGCUGGGCCUCUAACUGCUGAUGUAUGGUGUUUGCCUGUCAGGAAAGGUUAUGGCAGCCGAAUUCUCAUCUGUCAUUCCAUACAACAUAUGAAUCCAAGCCAAAUUUGAUACAUAUUCUCAAGACUUUCAUUAAAUUAUGAUUUGAAGGUCGUUUUGGACGAUAGGUUUGCUACUUCAUAAGUUGAGACACCUUGGACAGUCUCAGAGUUUCUGUGAAUACGGGUAGAUGUUCAUAUUCUUUCAUUAUUGUCAUUUGGUGUUGCGUGCCAGGUGGCCAAAAGUAAAAGUUGUACAAAGUGAAGAAAAUAAAUAAAUAAAAGUAA